AUGGUAAGAAAUAACCAGACUUCUACAGUGACAGAGUUUCUCUUCUCUGGAUUCCCCCAGUUUGAAGAUGGUAGCCUCUUCUUCUUCAUUCCUUUGUUCGUCAUCUACAUAUUCAUUGUGAUUGGAAAUCUCAUUGUAUUUUUUGCAGUCAGGAUGGAUACCCAUCUCCACAACCCCAUGUACAAUUUCAUCAGCAUCUUCUCCUUCCUGGAGAUCUGGUACACGACAGCCACCAUCCCCAAGAUGCUUUCCAACCUCAUCAGUGAGAAGAAGACCAUCUCCAUCACUGGCUGCCUCCUGCAGAUGUACUUCUUCCAUUCCCUGGGAAAUGCAGAGGGGAUUUUGUUGACCACCAUGGCCAUUGACAGGUACGUUGCCAUCUGCAACCCUCUCCGCUACCCAACCAUCAUGACCUCCCAGCUGUGUGCUCAGCUCUCUGCAGGCUCCUGCAUCUUUGGCUUUCUUGUGUUGCUCCCAGAGAUUGUGUGGAUUUCCACACUGCCCUUUUGUGGGCCCAACCAAAUCCAUCAGAUAUUCUGUGACUUUGAACCUGUCCUGCGCUUGGCUUGUACAGACACGUCCAUGAUUCUGGUUGAAGAUGUGAUCCAUGCUGUGGCCAUCAUCUUCUCUGUCCUG